CCUUGUAUUAAUUAAUUAGGAUAAUGAUUUAUUUUUAAGAAAGGAAGUAAAUGUAAAUGGGACCAAAAGGAAAGGGAGGAGAGUCUGAACAGUGCAUGAAGGUCACGUCAAGCCUGGAGAGAAGGAACGAACAAACAAGAACUCAACCAGCCGUCUAUUAAGCACUUAUCACACUCUCCCUCCGUUUACUACUCAUAAAGCAUCUGCUCUCUCUCUCUCUCUGUUAUCACACACACACACAACGUCACAACCCCAUUACUUAUCAUAAUCUUCCAAUAUUACUAUUAAGUGCGUGAUUAAUCUCACAUGAUCAAAAACUCUACAACUCUCCAUCUCUCUCUCUAUCAAGCAUGCGACCAACUUCAUUGCUUUUUCUUGCUCUCUCACUAGUAAGCUAGCUCUCACUCUCUCGGUCUCGGAUACCUUAAAGCCUGCAAAUUAAGGCCCAAUUAUCUCCCCAAAAUGCAUUACCAAACGGAGUUGUGGACUUCCUAUAACAUCCCAACAAGAUCAACCGCCAUGUCCAUGGACCCAUUUGAGCGAAUUGAGAGACUGGCAUCAGAGAACGCAGUGGUGAUUUUCAGCAUCAGCAGUUGCUGUAUGUGCCACGCCAUUAAGAGCCUCUUCUGUGGCAUGGGUGUGAAUCCGACUGUUUACGAGCUCGAUGAGGACCCAAGAGGGAAGGAGCUGGAGAAUGCUCUCACGAGGCUUUUGGGUAGCUCCACCUCCACUGCUGUUCCUGUGGUGUUCAUUGGAGGUAAACUUGUUGGUGCCAUGGACAGAGUCAUGGCUGCACAUAUUAAUGGCAUUCUUGUUCCUCUGCUUAAAAAUGCUGGUGCUCUCUGGCUCUGACAUUUCCCCUGUUUUUUUCUGUACAAAGUUUGGGGGAAAAAGAAGAAGAAAAAAAGACUUAUAGCUAGAGCGAGGUAACUAAGAAAUAUUGAAACAGAGGACGAGGAGUAGUGGUUGUUUUGUUGAAGUGCUUCUCCGUUGUGGGAAUUACAAAUUGACACUUGUCACUAUAUGUCUUGGUUUAGUUUCCAUCUUUUCUUUUCUUUUCUUUUUUUGUGUCUUGUUUUGUGUCGUUCUUUGCUUUUGAGAAGUGUAAUAUGC